AUGGAUACAAAAAUCGUUACAGUGGUCAACGAACCUAUACCGGUUGAAAAUGGUUCUUCCCUAUCGGUCAAUAAUGUCGAAUCCCAAGGCUUCGACGAAAAGGCUACCAAAACAUUAAUCCGGAAGCUUGAUUGGCAUUUAAUUCCAUUUCUUUCGUUAAUCUACCUACUAUGCUUCCUCGAUCGCACAAACAUCGGCAAUGCUCGACUAGACCAUUUAGAACGAGACCUCCACCUCCACGGCUUACAAUUCAACGACUGUCUCGCGAUCCUCUUCCCCUUCUACAUCGCCGCCGAAAUCCCUAGCAACAUGAUGAUGAAACGUUUCCGACCCAGCAUCUGGCUGACAUUCAUCAUGUUCUUUUGGUCGGUCGCUAUGAUAUGUCAGGGAUUCGUGAAGAACUACUCUGGGCUUAUGGCUACAAGAGUCUUCCUGGGUGUCUUUGAGGGAGGGCUUUUUCCGGGGGUUAAUUAUUAUAUUACGUCGUGGUAUAGGCGGCAUGAGUGUGGUUUUCGUAUGGCCCUAUUCUUCUCGGCCGCUACGCUUGCGGGAGCUUUUGGUGGUAUACUUGCGAGGGGUAUUGCAGAAAUGAACGGGGUGGGUGGUAAAGCUGCGUGGGCCUGGAUCUUCAUAUUGGAAGGCUUGCUGAGUAUCUUGGUCUCCAUGGCUGCUUACUGGGCCAUUAAUGACUACCCAUCAGCUGCCAAGUUCCUCACGCAAGAAGAAAAAGUCGAAGUCGAGCGUCGUCUCGCAGACGAUCAUGGUAAUCUGUCAAACGUAUUCGAUUACAAAUACGUUUUUCAAGCUAUAAAAGACUGGAAGAUUUACAUCCACAUGCUUAUCUGUAUGGCGGGCUUUUGUCCCAUCUAUUCAUUCUCGUUAUUUCUACCAACUAUUAUCAAGAAUAUGGGGUACACAUCAAAUGAUGCUCAAUUGAUGAGCGUUCCGCCUUAUGUGGUCGCCUGCUUCUUUACCAUUAGUGCAAGUUGGUUCGCCGAUCGGAUCAAACAGCGAGGAGUAUUCUUACUGGGCUUUCAACUUAUUGCUAUUGUUGGGUUUGCGAUGCUUGCUGGAACUGCCAAGGCAAGAAUCCAGUAUGCGGGCACGGUACUUGCGGCAACUGGCAUCUAUCCUCAGAUUCCAUUAGGUCUUGCUUGGAAUGGCAACAACAUUGGUGGUAGUCUCAAGCGCGGUACUGGCAUUGCGAUGCAGGUGAUGGGCGGAAACUGCGGGGGAAUCAUUGCUUCUUAUGUCUACCUCACCCGAGAUAGCCCAAGGUUCAUUAAAGGACACUCAUUGCUCAUCGGUAUCGUUGGGAUGGCAUUUUUCUUGACCCUCUUUAUGACCACUUAUCUGCGAUUCGAAAAUGCUAGGCGCGACAAAGUUGCUAGUGAGAGAGGCGAGAAGAUCUAUACCGAGGAAGAAAUUCUGGCUCAUAUGGAGCUGGCUGAUAAUGCUCCAGGAUUCAGAUAUACCGUUUAG